GCCCCCACAAACACAGCAGACACUCCUAACAGGCGGCAGACGAGCCCGGCUUUCCAUUCACUGCAGUGUGGCUGAGCUGUUCACUCCAAAGGGACAAUACAGGAGCUCUGAGUCUGCUCUGGGAAUAACAUUAUUACAUGGGCUUCAUCUGACCUAGAGAAGCAAGCUGAGAACCUGCAGCGACCGUCUACUCCAACAAGUCCUCAUCAUCAGUCGUUAGACAGUGGAGCAGUUUUCACUGGGACUUACAGAUCAUCCACUAACUCUGAUCUCUGCAGUCACACUCAGCUCCGCCAUGGUUCUAUGUGAGGACGGCGAGUGCAGCGUCUGCCUCUUCCCCUACUCUCGGAUGGACAGGAUCCCCCGCGUGCUCCACUGCAGACACACCUUCUGCGAGCCUUGCCUGGAGACGAUGUCGCAGGCCAGCGGCGGGCUGCUCACCGUGGGCUGCCCUCUGUGUCGCCGGGUGACCUGCAUAGGACGCGGCCUCAGCCUGCAGGAAGCUCUGUGGGUCGACAGCAGGCUGUGGGAGCAGAUACCGGAGGAUGCGGACGCAGAGGCCGAGCAGGAGGAGGAGGAAGAUGGACUGAAACAAGCAGCUGAGGAGGAGGGGACGGAGACCAAACAGCCGUCGGUGCAGGCAGAAUGUGCCUCCUCCAGCUCAGCGAGAACGAAGCUCAAACUGCCUGCGUUCUUCAGGAGGUUCAGUUUGACAAAGCAACACCAGGAGAGAAUCGUGCCGGGCAGUAAUGUGGAAAUGAAAUCCUGGCGCAGGCUUUCAACUGAAGAGACUAUUUGAAGAUACGCGACAGCUCCUCUCAGGAUGUAAUUUACGGAUGGUAGACGCCACUAGAAGACUCGACUCAGCCUUGUCAGCAGAAGGAAAGUUGAGGCCGUUAGGGCCGAGAAUCCAUUUGUGUUCCUGUCAAGACAUUGUUUUGUCCUCAGCCAAAGGUGCCCUGUCUCCCCAUUAUUUAUUCUGGGCUUAAUUCUCCCAGCUGGUGCUGUGGGAUUUGGUUCAGCUGUCCCAGUGGGACUCACACCCCGAGACCCCCUCGUAACAGAUGGUCUCCUGAGGAUUUUCCCUUUUCCAUAGCCACUGCUGAACACUGAAUAUAACUUAUUGUUUUUUUAUUUAUGAUAGCUAGUUGACAAAGUAUCUAAUAAAACUAUUUUUGAACAGA